GAAAUAUAAUCGAAGAUGUUUGGAGGAGGUAGGGCAGCGAAGAAGAGUGAUAACUCCAAGUACUAUGAGAUUCUGGGAGUGUCCAAGACUACUUCGGCUGAAGAUUUGAAGAAGGCGUACAAGAAAGCCGCCAUGAAGAACCAUCCUGAUAAGGGCGGAGAUCCAGAAAAAUUUAAAGAGUUGGCUCAGGCUUAUGAGGUUCUAAGUGACCCGGAGAAGCGCCAAGUUUAUGAUCAGUAUGGUGAGGACGGACUGAAGGAAGGAAUGCAACCGGGUGGCCAUGACCCAUCUGACAUCUUCUCCUCUUUCUUUGGUGGUCGUGGCAGCCCAUUUGGAGGCAUGCCAGGUGGUGGUGGAGGACGGAGACAGAGACGUGGAGAAGAUGUGGUUCACUCAUUGAAGGUCUCUUUGGAAGACCUAUAUCUUGGGACCUCAAAGAAACUUUCGCUCUCUCGCAAUGUGUUGUGCUCCAAGUGCAAAGGCAAGGGGUCAAAAUCUGGAGCCUCGACCAAGUGUGAUGGUUGCAAAGGAACUGGAAUGAAGGUCACUGUUAGGCAGUUUGGACCUUCUAUGUUUCAACAGUUGCAGCAUGCUUGCGAUGAUUGUAAGGGUACUGGAGAGACCAUCAGGGCCAAGGACCGCUGUGGACAAUGUAAGGGGGAGAAAGUUGUUCAAGAAAAGAAAGUUUUACAAGUCCAUGUGGAGAAGGGUAUGCAGAAUGGACAGAAGAUCACAUUUCCUGGUGAAGCUGAUGAAGCUCCUGACACAGUCACUGGUGAUAUAGUGUUCGUCAUUCAGCAAAAGGAACAUCCUAAAUUCAAGAGAAAGAUGGAUGAUCUUUUUGUGGAGCACUCUUUGUCACUCACAGAUGCUCUAUGUGGUUUCCAGUUUGUGCUGAACCAUUUGGAUGGCAGGCAGCUACUUAUCAAAUCAAACCCUGGCCAAGUUGUGAAGCCUGACUCGUUUAAGGCCGUCAAUGAUGAGGGUAUGCCAAUGUACCAGAGGCCAUUCAUGAAGGGCAAGCUGUACAUUCAUUUCUCAGUGGAAUUCCCUGAAACUCUGAGCCUCGAGCAGGUCAAGGCUUUGGAAGCUGAUCUUCCAUCAAGGGCAUCAUCUCAGAAACUGACAGAUACGGAGUUGGAUGAGUGUGAGGAGACGACUCUGCAUAAUGUGAACAUGGAGGAGGAGAUGAGAAGGAAACAGCACCAGGCUCAUUCGGAGGCAUAUGAGGAGGACAACGACAUGCCUGGUGGUGCAGAGAGGGUGCAAUGUGCACAGCAGUGA